AUGAAGAUAGACACAGUGCCUGUGCUUUUGACCUUGGCUCUUUGCCUUAUACAAGAUGCUGCCAGUGAGGAUAAAGAUCAGGAAACAUGCAGUGAAUUUAGGGCAUUGAUGAAAAAUGGAAAAUUAUUCUGUUCCCAAGAUAAAGAACUUUUUCAAAACCCUGAUGGAAUAAUGUUCAUCAACCAAUGUGAGACAUGCAAAAUGAUAUUGGAGAAAGAAGCCAAAUCCCAGAAAAGGGCCAGGCAUUUAGCAAGAGCCACUGCCCCAGCAAAGCUGAACUGUGAAGAUUUCAAGAAAGGAGAAAGAGAUGGGGAUUUUAUCUGUAGCCUUGAUAACGCAGCUGUUUGUGGCACAGAUGGAAAAACAUACAGCAGUAGAUGUGCGCUGUGUGCCGAGAAUGCGAAAACCAGGUCCCAAAUUGACAUCAAGAGCGAAGGGGAGUGUGAGCGCAGUAAUCCCGAGCAGGAUGUAUGCAGUGCUUUUCGGCCCUAUGUCAAGGAUGGAAGACUUGGGUGCACACGGGAAAAUGAUCCUGUUCUUGGCCCUGAUGGGAAGACACAUGGCAAUAAGUGUGCGAUGUGUGCUGAGUUGUUUUUAAAAGAAAUUGAAGAAAGUGCCAAACGAGAGGGUGUAAUCAGAAUUCGACGAAAUGCUGAAAAGGACUAUUGCAAGGAAUAUGAAACACAAGUGAGGAAUGGAAGACUUUUCUGUACACGGGAGAGUGACCCAGUCCGUGGCCCUGAUGGCAAAAUGCAUGGCAACAAAUGUGCCCUGUGUGCUGAAAUUUUCAAGCAGCGUUUUUUAGAAGAAAACAAUAAAGGAGAUCAAAAUCUAAGAAAGGAUGAAGAAAAAGUUAAAGUUAAAAGAGAAAUUGAGAAACGCUGCAGUGAAUAUCAAGCUCAGGCAAGGAACGGAAGGCUAUUCUGUACCAGAGAACAUGACCCUGUUCGUGGUCUAGAUGGAAAAAUGCAUGGCAACUUGUGUUCCAUGUGUCAAGCCUACUUCCAAGCAGAAGCUGAAGAAAAGAAAAAUUCUGAAGCACAAGCAAGAAAUAAAAGAGAAUCUGGAAAAGCACCCUCAUAUGCAGAGCUUUGCAGCGAAUAUCGAAAGUUCAUGAGGAAUGGAAAACUCCCUUGUACCAGAGAGAAUGACCCCAUCCAGGGCCCAGACGGGAAAACGCAUGGCAACACCUGCUCUAUGUGUGAGGCCUUCUUCCAAGCAGAAGAAGAAAAGAAAAAGAAGGAAGGUGAAACCAGAAAUAAAAGACAAUCUGAGAAAACAACUUCUUUUGAGGAAUUGUGUAGCGAAUACCGCAAAGCCAGGAAGAGUGGACCACUUCUUUGCACCAGAGAGAAUGACCCCAUCCAGGGCCCAGAUGGGAAAAUGCAUGGCAACACCUGCUCCAUGUGCGAGGCCUUGUUUCAGCAAGAAGAAAAAGCAAGAGCAAAGGCUAAAAGAGAAGCUGUGAAGGAAACCUGCAGCGAAUUCCGGGACCAAGUGAGAAAUGGGAUGCUCGUCUGCACCAAGGAGAAUGAUCCUGUCCGUGGCCCAGAUGGUAAAAUGCAUGGAAACAAGUGUGCCAUGUGUGCAAGUGUGUUCAAACUUGAAGAAGAAGAGAAGAAAAAUAACAACAAAGAAGAAAAGGAGAAAGCUGAGGCUGAAAAAGUUAAGAGAGAAGCAGUACAGGAGAUGUGCAGUGAAUAUCGUCACUAUGUGAGGAAUGGACGGCUGCCCUGCACCAGAGAGAAUGACCCUAUCGAAGGUCUAGAUGGGAAAAUCCAUGGCAACACCUGCUCCAUGUGUGAGGCCUUCUUCCAGCAGGAAGCAAAAGAAAAAGCAGAAGCUGAAUCCAGAGCAAAAGUUAAAAGAAAUUCUGAAAAGGAUACAUGCAGUGAAUUCCGAAGCCUUUUACAAAAUGGAAAUCUUUUCUGCACACGAGAAAAUGAUCCUGUGCGUGGCCCAGAUGGCAAGACUCAUGGCAAUAAGUGUGCCAUGUGCAAGGCAGUCUUCCAGAAAGAAGAUGAAGAAAGAAAGAGGAAAGAAGAGGAAGAUCACAGAAAUGCUGCAGGACAUGGUUCCAACGGCAGUGGAGGAGGGCAUGCUGAGGACCAAUGUGCUGAGUAUCGAGAGCAAAUGAAAAAUGGAAAACUCACCUGUACUCGGGAGAGUGAUCCUGUACGGGAUGCUGACGGCAAAUCAUACAACAAUAAGUGUACCAUGUGCAAAGAAAUUCUGCAUAGAGAAUCAGAGAAACAAAAUGAGCAUUCUGGCUUGAGAUCAAAUGGGACUGGAUCAGCAUCAGGAAAGGAUAUGUGUGAUGAGUAUAGAAGCCACAUGAAAAAUGGCAAGCUUAUCUGUACUCGAGAAAGUGACCCUGUCCGGGGUCCAGAUGGCAAGAUGCAUGGCAAUAAGUGUGCUAUGUGUAAGGAGAAACUGGAAAGGGAAGCAGCUGAAAAAAAAAAGAAAGAGGAAGAAGGUGGGAAAAACACAACAGAAAAGAGGAAUGAUGAGGAGGACCAGUGCCAGGAAUUCCGGAGCAAGCAGAGAGAUGGGAAGCUUGUGUGCACCAAAGAAAAUAACCCUGUCCGAGAUCCAUAUGGCAAGAUGCACCCCAACAAGUGUGCUAUGUGUCAGAGCAUCUUUGAGCGAGAAGCUAAUGAAAGAAAAAAGGAUGAAGAAAAAUCAAAAGCCAAGCCCUCAAAUGAUGCAAAGGACCAGUGCAGAGAGGCUCAGAAUGAAGCAAAGGAUGCAAAGUUUGCACGAUCUGAGCGUCCCUUGGCCUCUGUUGCAAGGAUUAGUACAGACGAGUGCAGCGAUUUUCGAAAGCACGUGAGAAACGGUGAGCUCAUCUGUACUCGAGAGAACGACCCAGUGCGUGGUGCUGAUGGAAAGUUCUAUAGAAACCAGUGCCACAAGUGCAGAGCUGUCUUUCAAGUAGAAGCUUUGGAAAGGGCAAAACUUCAAGAAAAGCCACCCCACUUUAGAGCUUCUGAAAAGGAAGAGGACCCAGACUCCUCUAAUUCUUCUCUGGAUGCUGACAUGUGCAAAGACUAUCGAGUAUUGCCUAGGAUGGGUUACCUUUGCCCCAAGGAUUUACAGCCUGUCUGUGGUGAUGAUGGCCAGACAUACAACAAUCCCUGCAUGCUCUGUCAUGAAAACCUGGUACGCCAGACUAAUACACGCAUCCGUAGUAAAGGGAGGUGUGAGAAGAGCAGCACCCCAGAAGCAACAUCUGCCAGCGUGCCCGCAUCUGACAAAUGAUGGAAGGAUUGGUGAAAGCCAUCAGGAAAAACAGACACCCCAAUUCUGAAUAGCCUACUUCACCAUCUGUAUAUACAAAGAAUUCUUCAGAACUUGCUUUAUUUACCGUAGAAAACAAUACAGAGCUGUUGGGAAUGGACUCACUGAUUUUCAGUCUUUUCCAUCUUUUUCCUCCUAGACUCUGUGAUCUGAGAGCACAGAGACAUCUCCAUCCAGUCUGUGCUCAGGAAAUGUCCUGAUCACAAUGCUGUCUGUCCAACUGCCUGUUCAAUAAAAGUAAACUCAGCAGA